AUGAAAUGCUCUCAAUGGAAAGUAGAAGCACUUUUAAUAAUUAAAACUUUUGUUCUGUUCUCUCUACUUUAUAAGUCUUGGGUAAAAACUAUAUCAGUAAACAGUCAAAAAGCUGGAUUGAAGUUUUUGAAAGACAUAUGUAGGGUAUUAGAAGAUUCAGAUAAUCCAAAUUUGGAGAAGUGCUAUGAAUCCAAUAUAUAUUUUAAUGAGUUCUUAUGGGGGACAGCAAAAAUUUUAAAUGAGUUACAAAAAUUAAUAUUUAAAGCUCCACUACCACUUAACAAACUAACGACGGAAUGCACUCCAAUAAGUAAGGAGCAAUGUAUAACAAUAAUAGAAUUAAAUUACAAUGAAGUUGACAACCAAAUAGAGGUCAGUUAUACAAAAGUAACUGAAAUAAUAACUCCGGUAAAUCCUCUUUGCAUUGUAAAUAAUAAUAUAGUCCGUAAAGGUUACAAUGCUCUAUGGUUUACCCAAAGUAAACAGCAACUUUUCACUAUUGGGACAAGUAUUAAUUUGGGUAGGGGAUAUCAAAGUUUAGUUCAACUAGAAGAUACAAAAAUCGGAAUUCACAAUAUAAUAUAUCAAGAUUUAAAGGUUUAUUUAAACUCUAAGAGUUAUUUAAAAGAAUUGGAUCGAGUAAUAUUUCAAGUAGCUAAGAUAAAAAGUGCAAAUUUGCCAAUGUUUGUACCAAUACUGCAGGAUAUAAAGUCAGAAAUGAAAGAGUUUGAUAUUGAAUGUAGUACAAUAAAUACUGCAUUAGAUCAUAUAAAAAUAAAUUCGGAAGAGAUAGUACGAGUAAAUAGUGAUACAGAUGUCCAUAUAUUUAUGGUUAAACUCAACAAUUGUCCAUAUUUAGGAGUAUAUUCAAUUGUAGAAGUAUGGAAUUUCUCCUAA